GGAUUGUACAGUACCGUGAACGCAGCAAUUAGCGAGUUAAUAUUUUCGCGCCACAAGAUUCAGAAUCAGAUGGAAAAUACAAAACAUAAAGGUUAUUGAAAACAUACGUGGUUGAAAUCGAGAAAUCGUUUUGCGUUGAAAAGGAGCGAAAUAGAGAAACAAUGGCUGGGACAGACUUCGUUUGUCAACAUUGGAAGAAUGUAUUCAUAUGUUUUCUUUUGAUUGGCCUUUGUAAAUGUACAGAAAUAACAAAAGAUGAAUUAUUGGCAAAAAUAAAAAUCUGCCAGGAAGCAAUUCAGAAAUGGCAAGCAGAAAUGUAUGAGGCAAUAAAUCAAGCCAGUACUGAACAGGAAAAAGCGGAAAUCGCAAAUAAAUACAGUGCUAACGCACCUUCAGAAUGUGAAAACAUGUGUGAAUUGAUAACAGCACAAGUAAAUAAAGAAUUAGCAGAGGCAUUAGGAAAAAUGUCAAACCCACAACAAAGUGAAAUUGAUCGUAUAAAGCAACAAAUAGAAGCUCAGUACCCUGUAAAAGAAGCAUGCGGUUCUGAUGGACCUAAUGGAGGAAGCGAUACUAACGGAAGUCCUACAUACCCUGAAAUAUCAAAGGAUGAAUUAUUGGAAAAAAUAGAAACCUGCAAGGCAUUAAUUGAGAAAUUGGAAGAAGAAAUGAAGGCUGCAAUAGAGAAGGCAGGCACAAAGGAGGAAAAAGAGGAAAUUGAAAAAAAUUAUGUAAAUGAACAUGCUAAGGGCUGUAAUAGUGAUGAGAUAUGUGGUCAGAUAAGAGCUCAAGUAAAAAAAGAAUUAGCAGUGGAAUUAAGCAAACUGAGAAAUCCACAACAGAGUGUUAUCGAUACUUUAAAGCAAAAAAUAGAAGCUCAAUUCCCAGUUCUACAUGAACUCUGUGAUCCAAAUGAUGGAGGCACUAUUCAAGUCAUACCAAAAAAUGAUAUGGAACAAUUCUCGGACUCUCUAAAAAAGCUUGAUGCUAAUGCUUUGAUAGAAAUGAUAAAAGCAAAAAAUAUGUCAGGAUCAUUUUCAUCAGGUGAAAUGGUAGCUCUUGGACAAGAACUGGUGAAGAAGCUGGGAGGUGUGAAGGGAGUGACUUUGGCUGAAGUGGAAAACAUAGGGCCGGCAGUAGUGACAAUCUUUCUCCCAGGGGAAUACAAAUAUCUCUCUAAUGACGUCUUUGAAUAUAUCUUAAAUCAGAUUUACCUUGAAACUACAAAAGCUGUGCAAAAUCAAUUUGAUGAUAAGCAGACAGAAGUUCCAGAAAUUUACAGAGGAGCAGUGUCUACUCAAAUACUGAUGGACCCAAAUAGUGCCAGAAUAAAAGCUCUCUGUGGUAGGGCAUUUCGACUGUACAAGACUGCAAGACAGAUGAAUCAAGGAUGGAACAAUAUCAAGUUUCUGAUGUUUUGUGCACCUCCCAGUGUCUGCAAAAAUGUCGACAACGAUUUGAUCCAGAAAGAUAUAAAUGCAUUUGGCUUUCAACCAUGGGUGUGCAAACCGUUUAAUCUUAUUGGGGAAGAUAAUCCGUUCAAUAAAAUUCUCCAACAUUUGUUAUAUCAGACAAAAAAAUUAUUCCCAAGCAAUAAACCUUGUGGUAAAAUGCUAGCAGCUAAAGCUGUCACUGGUGGAACAUCACCUUUUCAGUUUAAUUCCAGGGAAGCUGCUGGAAGGUUGAGGUUCAUGACAACUUGCCUACCAGAUUCUGUUAUAAAAGAAGCAAUUGAUGAAGUUGGCUGUGAAUUUGCUGGAGAAUUGUAUAAGACAGGUGUUUUGAGUCAAAGGCUUGUGCAAUACUCUUCAAAAAAAUGCUUGUCAACACCUCCUGAACCUGACCAGGUCACAUGUGCAAGUCUAGAAUCCGACUAUGGACCUUAUCUGACACAAAUGAAAAGAAGUUUUUUCAAACGACUUCCACAAGGAGUUAUGUGUGAUGCAAAAUGUAUGGAGCUGUUUAAAUCAAUAGCAGAGUUUCCCAAAGAUGUCAUGAAGUAUAUCAUAAAGACAUGUUUUAAAGAUAGCACAAUCUCUAGUGAUGAUGUUAAAAACUUGGGAGGUUCAAUCACAGACCUACCUUUAGCCAAAUUUAACCAGAUCAAUGCUGCUGAUCUUGAAACAAAUAUAAAAUCAAUCAAAACAGACUUGAAAGCUGGGAAAAAACAACGUGGUAGAAAGGCUGUGUUGAAAAAACUUGCCAAAAAGAUGAUAGAUGAUGGAAAACUUUCAAAUUUGAUUGAUUCAAAGGAAAUUAUGAAGGAGAUUUCUCUGAAAGAUUUAAAGACUUCUCUCUCACAGUCCGACAAUAUUAUUGAAGCUCUUGGCAUUAACAAAACACAAGACAGUUUGGGAUUUACUAAUGCACAGAAAAAAUGGGUGGUGAAACAAGUUGUGAAGAAAAAACAAGCAAGUGGUUUCACAUUGGAAGAUAUACAGGAAAUGAAAUCACUUGUGACGGGGCUUUUGUCAUCACAUAUCAAGAAGAUUGGUGAGGCCCAUAGUGAGGAUACCCAGGGAAUGACAUUUGCUGUAGCAAUGUGUGCUUACUCUAAUUGGCCAAGAAAAUCAUUGGAAGCUAUAAGCAAGUAUCUUAUACAGACAAGCCUGGAAGUACGAAAUGCUGCUGACCCAAUGUCUACCUUGACUAAUGUUGAGGUGCAAAGUCUUGGCUGCCAGUGUUUGUUAAACUUGAAUACAUCAGAGUAUGAGAAUAUGGACAAGGAAGUGUGCUCAGCUGUGUGUAUGAAGAUCGGCUAUUGUGAUGCAUUCAGAUGUUUGAAUCCUAUAAGGAGGAACAAUGUGCUGCAGGCUUGUUUAAAAUGCAAGGGUUUGGGAAGCCAUACAAUAACUAACACAGAUUUUGAAGAACUUGGACCAAACCUUAUAUCACAGAUGUCCAAGACCCAGCUUGACCUUGUGCCAGCACAAGUGUUAAAAACACAUAUUCAGUUCUUUAAAGAUAUAUGCAUGGACCAGAAUCUGAGGAAGGCUCUUUCUGAAGCUUUGUUGAAAGUCAUUGGAAGUUCUGGUUCUGAUUAUGAUGCCAACACUUUAUCACUACUUGGUAGUGCUAUUAAAGUUUUACCAAGGACAUUACAACAAGAACUGAACAAGUCAGUGAUAGCUGAGAUGCAGUCAGAACUGAUGAGAGAUUUGAUUCCGGAGACAGACGAGGAGAUUAGCCUUCAGAAAUGCUGUGAGAAAUGGCUGGAUACUGCUGACCUGGACAACCUAAAGGAACAGAACUUUAAUCUUAUGCUCACAGUAAAAGAUGCUUUCUUUGCUAAUGUUGAAUCUAAUAGGAGCAAGAGAGCUGCAUUCAAUUGGACAUGUCGUCAGAUACGCCCGAAUCCGAUACUGUUCAGAACAGCUUCUGCGAAGGAAAUAGACAUUAUGGAUGACAAUGAAUUCCUUGACUGCUUAGAAAUCAUUGGUAAUAUAAGUAACAUGCAUCGCUGGCAACAUAAAAGGUUGUAUUUAAAGGCAGUAAAGGCAAAAGGAAAAAAUGUAUGUUCAAUGUCCAAAGAUGAAAUUGAAGAGUUUGGGAAAAUAGUCAAUGCUUUUUAUGUUCGUGACCUUCAGUGUGUUCCAUAUGAUUUAGAACUAUUUGCAUUCUUUGGUAGCCAGGAAGAUUGGGACAUACAUCAGUUAAGUGCCAUUGCUUCAAGAUACAUGGAAUUUACCAAGUUUGAUGACUUAGCUAACCUGACAGCUGAAAAUGUGACAAUGCUUGGACCAAUUCUAUGUGGUUUAGAACCCUAUGAACUUCUUACUCUACGACCUCAAGUGUUUCGUGAAAGUGCGAAAGAGAUUGGCAGUAUCAUAGAAUGUGACCUAGAACAGCAUUCGGCAUUUGCUGAUUUGGCAGAACAAGAUGAUGCCUUUAAAUCAAUAUAUUUGUGGGAUCGUGAAGUUGUUGCUCAACUCGGAUACAUCAUAGCUGGACUUUCUAGUUCGGAGAUUACAGAUCUGUCAAAGAGUGCAAUACAAGGUCUUGACCCUGCAGUUAUACCUAAAAUACCUAGAUAUGUUUUCAAGAAUAUAAGAACUGGCCAUUUUCGAGCAUUCACACGUGCACAAGCAGAAGCAGUUACAAUUUUUCAGAGGAAUUACCUAUCUCAACAACAGAAUAUAUAUCUUGAUGGAGCACUUGGCCAUAAGAUAGUACAUGUGGUACAGAAGGAAGCAGUGAGUGGUGCAGAAAGCUCUGGUCGAGUGUUUGCAAGUAUUUUCUGGUGGUUGCUGCAACUGUUACCAUUUAUUUUCACCCUGUUUCUUUAAUCGUGACUUGGCACCCUAUUUCUUUAAUUGUGACUUGGCACACUAUUUCUUUAAUUGUGACUGUGUACUCUUAUUUCUUAAAUUGUGAUUUAGCAUCUUUUUAAUUUGUAUUAGUUUUUUAGUUGCAAUAAAAUUAAUUGUUUUAAA